AUGCCACUGGCAAUACAGCGGCUUGUAAAGCUCGACGCUAUGCGGAGUGGAUCCGUCGGUCGGCGGAAACUUAAACCACCCCGUCACUACAGCAGCGCAGAGUCCACGAUGGUAUUGAUCACGACCGCGGUACCGCGCCAUCUGUCUCCUGGGCCAAUUGUACUGCGCCGGUGCACCCGAGAUUUACAGUCCGAUACGUUAUUGAAAGAGAAAAGUGUAUUUCGCCCAGAGCGGCGUCUAUUAGUCAAACCGCCACGCCGAUCCGCCGCAAACAGAGCACGCCGCUUCGCCCCCCUCCCCUCACGUUUCGGUGCAACCAUAUCAAACUCGAACCACCCGCCUCACCCAGCUCUGGCCAUACCUUGCCGUCGCAAUUCCUACGAAGGUUUCGAUUGC